AUGGGCCCCUGUACCGCCUCCUCAUGCAGCUGCCAGGCCCGUAAUCUGCCAUGGGCCCCCGUACCGACUCCUCAUGCUGCUGCCAGGCCCGUAAUCUGUCAUGGGCCCCUGUACCGCCUCCUCAUGCUGCUGCCAGGUCCAGAGUGUGUCAUGGGUCCCUGUACGGCCUCCCAUUGCUGCUGUCUCCAUCGCCACACUCUGCCAUGUGCCACUUUCAGGUCUCCUCACACUGCUGGUGGGUUCCAUUUUGUCAUAGGGUGCUGUAUGGCCUCCCAUUGCUGCUGCCUCCACCGCCACACUGUGGCUCCACACUCUGGUUUUGGCCCCGUGACUGCCCAAAUGAGUGAAGUGUGCGGUGAUUCUAAGAUCGACGGCACUCAUCUGCAUGUCAUACUGACUGACAGUAUUAUUUCUCUUCCCCAGCAGACUCCAAGGGCAUUUAAAUUAAAGGUACAGUGUUCUGCACUAAUAUAA